AUGUCAGCUAGAGGGCUCUACGAGAAGUUGAAACGCAAACUACUUACCCGACCCCGGGACUUGGGCUGUAGGCGCACUGGUAUGGACUGCGUCACCGACCUUUGCCCCUAUAUUCCGGGAUCUCCUCUGGAAACAUCUCAUGUCACGCAAGUCAUUUAG